GCGCGGUUCCGAAAACUACAGCAAAAAUCGGGAAAAAGCAAGAAUAAUGUACUGGCCUGUGCACCAAAAAAAACGGGAUUGAGGUCAGUUUACAAAAAUGCAAGCUGAAAGUAUUUGCACUAAUGAUAUUGAGGGUCUGGACUCGGAUACCCUUAUUCCUGUUGAAAUCCUUUCCUGUGAUGUUUCGCACAGGGCAAGAUCCCAAGAUGCCUUAUCGAUAGUAGAAUUAGGAAAGCAACUACUUUUUAGUGCAAAGUAUGGAGAUACGGAUACUGUCCGUGAUCUGAUGUGCAGAGGGGCACCGUUUACUACAGAUUGGUUGGGUACAAGUGCGUUGCACUUUGCUGCGCAAAAUAAUCAUUCAGAAACUGCAGAGGUUUUAUUGAGAGCAGGAAUUUCAAGGGAUGCAAGAACAAAAGUAGAUAGAACACCUUUGCAUAUGGCUGCAUAUGAAGGUCAUCACCAGAUGGCACAGUUACUUCUUAAUUAUGGUGCAGAUGUUGACAGCAGAGAUAUGUUAAAAAUGACUCCUUUACAUUGGGCAGUGGAAAGAGAACAUGUGGAAGUAAUGCAUGUUUUACUGGAACAUGGAGCAGAUGCAAAUGCCACUAGUAAAUUUGACAAAACUCCAAUUAGUCUUGCAUUGGAACACGACAGACUAGACUUGGUAGAUAUAUUGCAACAGGAGAGAGAGAUUGUUGGUGUCAGAGCUCAUCAACAAAAUCAAGCAAAUACACAGGAACUAGAAGUAGCAACUCAUAACUUAAUACAAUUGGAAUCUGAAAGAGAAGAAGAACAGCAGAAAUUUGAAUUGACGCAGCAACAAUCACAACCCAGGAGAAAGAUUACUCAAGUACAAGUGGGAAAGAAACCACGAAUGAUCUUUCAACAAAUUCAUGUUGGACCAAACACUGAUGAUGAUCAAGAGAAAGAAGUUGAAGACAUGGAAGAAAUUACCAAUGCAAAUAAUAUUAAUAACAUUAAAAAACGCAAAGAUGUUACAACUGUUGGAGGAGUGAAUAAACAAUUUAGGUUAUUAGAGGCUCAUGGAAUCACAAUGAUACCUGUAGAUAAUGAUUCUUCUAUUGUAGAGAAUGCAAUGGAAAGUGGAAGAACAGUUGUUUUGACUGAAGCUGGUAAACUUGCUCUAAAUUUAACAAGGAACUCUUCGAUCGGAGUGAAACGACUUCAAGUAGCUGGAAAGAAAGGAACUCCUAGAAAAGUGAUAGCGAUUAGAGCAGAUCAAAUUUUAAAUCAUAAUACGCCCACUCUCACAUCUAGAGGACCGAACAUAUUGAAAAGAUCUUCUGUAGAUAAUAAAGCUGGAAAAUUAUUCAUUUCAUCUAUCUCUAACACCACACCGGCGUCAACACUCACGCAGUCUAAGAACAUCAUUUCUUCGACGGAGAACAAAAUCAUUGGCUCACCAACGAAGAUUACCGAGCCAAUAAUUUUACAAUUAGAUGAUGAAAUAGAAGAAAUUACCGAGGAUGAUAAUACGGAUAAUAAUGAACAAGUAAUGGACAUUGCCCUUUUAAAUAGACAAUUAGCAGAGGCACGAAGACAAGCGGCCGAGUAUCGUAAACGGCUGCAAAAGAAAGAAGAAGAGGCGGAAAUUUAUAAGCAACAACUAAAAAACAUUACAGCGCAAAGAGCAUCCAAGUGAUUUUGUAUCAUUAUACAUUUCGCAUUAAGCUUCAUUUUAUGAGUAGCCCUGCUUUUUCUACGAAGGAACUUUUUGCAAGUACAAUUUUCAGUCUCAUUGAUGAGCUCAGUUGAAAAGUGUACCUCUAUAUU